AUGUUUAUUAGAAAGAGAAAAAUCAAAAUCCUCGUGCUAUUUGCUCUGGGAAUUGCUGUUAUUUCCUUUGCCGUACGUUCUGUUGUGCAAUCACAGCUCAAUAAAGAAAUUGUCUAUUUCAAACGAUAUUUUGAAGAGAAAAAGGAUGUGAUAGACCUCUUUAAUCCACUCGCAAUUAAACAGAUCCCGGAGGAGGUCAUUGAUCAGCUAUACAAGACAGCAUUGCAGGAUUCCAGCAAAAAAAACCCAAAAAAUCAAAUUGAUUGGUCAAAAUAUGCAUAUGUUACCUAUGCUACACAUGCCAAUUAUAUAUGUAAUAGUCUGAUAAUCUUUGACGCUUUGAAAAGUUACGGAACGAAAGCAAAACUUGUUCUUUUAGUGUCACAAGAUCUGGUAGAACCAGAAAAGUACGAUGACUUUGAAAUUGUUAAUUCUCUGCUACGUCGUUUAACGGAAGUUGGCGGCGAUCAAGUAAUUAUCAAGUUCAUGAAGAUUAAUAAGAAGUCUUCAGAUGACACUCAGUGGAGCUACAGUUUGAAUAAACUGGAAGUGUUUAAUCAAACAGAAUUUGACAGGGUAAUAUACAUGGACAACGACGCCAUAUUGCACGAUAACCUUGAUGAAUUAUUUUUCCUUCCUGAUUACAUAAAAUUUGCGGCGCCAUUAGCCUACUGGGACUUAAAAGAGCAUGAUAUCACCGCAUCAUACAAUGAAGUGAGAAACUACGAAAAGCUUCCUAUCAAUUUGGAAAGGUACAAUGAUAAAAUUAUUCCAAGGAUAAAAAAGCACAAGAUGAUAUAUAACCACUUGCCAAGUUUGCCACCAAACUUGUUUUUGGAUACUCAGAAUGUUGCUCAAGAUAUAAUUCGUUCAGAGUUUUCAUUUUCAUCUAUGUUUGAUCACCACAUUACGAAACAACCCAAUAAAAUCAAUUUUGCUUCAAAUUUAAUGGUAAUCAAGCCUUCUCAAGAGACCUUCAAAUUACUUAGAGACUACUUGAUUCCUGCAUAUUUGAAGAAAGAGGAGGGAUAUGACAUGGACUUGAUUAACAAUGAUCUUUACAAUAUGAAAAAACUAAUACGUAAGCAGUUCAACUAUUUCCGUAGAAUAAGAACUCACUUUGUUCCAGAAGUAUUGGUACUACCAUUCGGUAGAUAUGAUGUAUUAACGGGAUCCAUAAAGAAUAGACAUGAACAAAGUAUGUUGAAGAAUGAUGUUAUAGGGUACAGAAGAGUAAAUUCCGAGGGCGAAGAGCUACCGAAGAGUGUUGAUGAAGUCAUCCAAGAUGCCAAAUACAUACAUUUUUCAGAUUUCCCUCUUCAAAAACCUUGGGAAUACGAAUCAUUCGAGGAAAUUGAAUGUCACGCUGACGAAUUGAAGGACAAUACUAUUGAAGAGCCUGAGAAGACCUGCACAGCUUGGAAUUCUGCUUACCUCACUUACAUGUACAGUCGCAAUAUUUGUUGGAUUGGUGAAUAG